CAGGUUACGCGAUUGGCACGCACUUCGCGUUGAUUUCUUUAAUAAAUUUUUCAAAAAUUAUUUAAAUAUAUAAACCGGUCAUCCAUACUUAGGCAGAAUGCACAAAAUGUUCAAGCAAUUCGGCCAAUUGACGCUGCACUCUGCAAAUAAGUUGCCAACAACAGCAACGACGACACUCCUGGCCACCUGCAAAAUACUCUCCCCCGUCACCGCCCCAUUGCUAAGUAAUGGAAAAGAUUUGCACACGGCAGCCAGCGCUGGCGGAACUGGAGCCCUUUGCAGUAAAUGGAAUAAACAUAAUCAUGGACCACGCAAGUGGCUGGAAAACAAUAAAACUGUGCAUCCGCCACAAGAAGUGGAUGAGGAGCCCCGCAAAGCGUAUGUUUGCCAUAUGCGCACCAACAUUAAAUAUAGCCCUGAUAAGAUGUGGUAUAUUGCCGCCUUUGUGCGUGGCAUGUCUGUGGAUGAGGCGUUGAAGCAAUUAAAUUUUGUGCUCAAAAAGGGGGCCACAGAUGUAAAGGAGACCAUUUUGGAGGCCCAGGAGAUGGCUGUGCAGCGUCAUAAUGUGGAAUAUAAAAGCAAUUUGUGGAUAGCUGAGUCGUUUGUCGGCAAAGGUCGUGUCUUCAAGGGCAUCCGUCGCCAUGGACGUGGACGGUUUGGACGUGUAGAGUACAAGCAUUGUCACUACUUUGUGCGUCUGGAGGAAGGUGAGCCACCAGAGCAUUAUUAUUUGCCGGAGCAACAGACGCCUCAGCAGCAAUAUGAUCAUUGGCAAGAGCAAAUGCGCAGUCGCAAGAUCAUCAAUUCACUGUAAACCACUUUGCGACUGCCGUCCUUCUAUCCUGCCACGCCCACCCACUCUCUUUUGUAGUGCGUUUCAAAAUGUGUGUCUAUUACAAAAAAUUUUGUUUAUUAAAUACAUGAAAAUGAAAGCUA